ACAUCAUUCACCAACAACACCAUUACACCAACCUCUACUGCUUUCUCUCCACGCUCCCGCCGGCGCAAGCCUGCUGCAGCCUUCACUCCUUCGACCCGUAUAGACUGCCAACAUGCGCCAACUCUCCUUUGCCCUCGCGACCUUGAUCCUACUCGGUCCCUCACUGAUCACGGCCGCCCCGCCCACGACGCAAUGUAGCCACCCUUUCCAUGCUCCCUGCCAUGAACACGUCCCGCGGCCGUGGUGGAGGCUAUCAUAUGCCAUCAUCCGCAAGGUCUGGGGGCUUCCCGAGAAGCAGCAUGCCUUCUCUGGCGCUGGCGACGUGCCUGUGGGUGCGAGUGGGCCCACCGGGAAGCUGCUGGCACGAUACGGCCAGGACAUCGUGAUGCGCUUCACCAUCCGGACUGCGGAAGAAGCCUCUGCACUGGCUGAGGCCACCGACGUCUUGUUUCUAGAUGUGUGGGAAUUCAACGACAAUUGGGUCGACAUUCGACUGGCAAAGGACGUCGUACCCUCUCUACUUGGGCUGCUCCCCGCAUCUCUCCAAACCUCUCAUGUUGCCUUGAUGCAAGACCUCGGCCUUGCUCAGGCCAUCUUCGAUUCGUAUCCGUCGCCCUCUUCUACCCAGUUCCACGAAGACCGCUCCUUCACACCGACCCUCCGCGCUUCUUCUUCUGCCGAGAACAUCUUCUUCCAGGACUACCAGCCCCUCUCUGUCAUUACACCCUGGAUGAACUUGAUGGCAUCCAUGUUCACGACCCACGUCCGUCGCAUCAACGUAGGUAUCAGCUAUGAAGGCCGAGACAUUCCAGCUUUGAGAGUUGGUGUCCACCCCACAAACAACGACGAGCCUUCGAAGCCGCGAAAGACAAUCCUACUAACGGGUGGUUCCCACGCCCGGGAAUGGAUCUCGACCAGCACUGUGAAUUACGUGGCGUGGAGUCUCAUCACCUCUUACGGCAAAACUCCUAGCAUAACGAGGCUUCUCGAAUCAUUUGAUUUCGUUUUCGUGCCCACGCUGAACCCAGACGGCUAUGUCUAUUCCUGGGAGACUGACCGCCUGUGGCGCAAGAAUCGUCAGCCUACCUCACUCCGUUUUUGCCGAGGCGUGGAUCUAGAACGCACUUACCCAUUCCAAUGGGACGGAGCUUCAACUCAGGGCAAUCCAUGCAGCGAAUCUUUCGCCGGAGAUUCCCCUUUCGACGGUGUGGAAGCAAAGAGGUUCGCCGACUGGGCGCGAAACGAGACUGAGAACAACAAUGUCGACUUGGUGGGCUUCCUAGAUCUGCAUUCGUAUUCCCAGCAGGUGCUUUACCCGUACUCUUAUACCUGCCACGCGGAGCCACCGACCCUCGAAGAUCUGGAGGAACUAGCGCACGGCCUUGCAAAGGCAAUCCGUAUUUCACGAAAAGGACAGCCGUAUAAAGUAACAUCCGCAUGUGAUGGCAAUGUUGCUAUUACCAAAAAUCCCAAGGAUGGCAAGGAGGAACGGAUUCUACUUCCUCGAAUUGAGUCGGGCGGAGGAAGUGCUCUGGAUUGGUUCUACCAUGAAUUGAGGGUUAAGCAUGCGUACCAGAUCAAAUUGAGGGAUACGGGAAGCUAUGGCUUUCUACUCCCUAAAGAGAACAUAGUACCAACAGGAGUAGAGAUGCUGGAUGCAGUGCUGUACCUCGGACGGUACAUGCUCGGGGAAGUCGGCAUGAUGGAAGGCGAGGCCGAGGAGAAGGAGGCCGAGGAAGCGAAUCCUUUCACCCAGGCGCAGAGUGAGGACACUCACAUCGUGGGGCCGCAGAACGAGACAGUAGAAGAGGAGGUUCAUGAUGAGGACGAAUCGAGUUUGGAACUACGACGUCGACGGAAACGUUAAUCCAGGUCUUGGAUGUGUUUCUUGCUCUGUUUUCUUGUUAAUACUAAUGACUAAGGAGGUCAAUGAACUACCUUUUCUACAACAAUCUUCACACAAUUUUGGCAGUCUAGAAGACGCGGCGUUCUAUGAUACAAAGGCAUGCCGUAGGACCUGUUCACUUGAGAACGGAUAAAUUUAAUGUGUUAAUAGCUUCAUUAGCUCAGUCGACACUUGCCUCUCCGUUGGACGGAACAUCUGAGUUCUGAAGCGGUCUUCCACCCAUAUAUAGCAUGCGGAUACGCGUAAUAAAGUCGAAUUGGCU